AUGGCUCCGCGCUCGGUACUCAAGCGAGAAUGGUUCGAUGCGAUCUAUCGCGGUGAUGUAGAAUGUGUCUCUCAGAUGCUUCCUCAGAUGAAAAAGACCUGUAACCAGUGGGGAGAAACCGGAUUAAUGAUUUCCGCGAAGGAGGGCAACCUAACUAUGGCAGAACUUCUGGCUCCCCACGAAGCAGGAAUGACCAAUGUGGAAGGAAGAACUGCCCUAAUGCUUGCAGCUGCAGCCAACAAUCCAGAGAUCUGUAAAAUUUUGGUCACAGAGGAGAAGCACAUUGUGACCUUGGACUCUCGUAACGCGCUCAUGUUUGCAGCUGCAGCCAAUGCUGCUGACGCAGCAGAGAUACUCAUAUGUGAUCUUGGAAAGACCCGCGACGCCUUAGGCCGGGCACCUCUUCAUUAUGCUGUGCUUAGCCGAGCUCCCCACGUGGUUCAACUUAUUCUUCAAUAUCCUAAUGACAUAUCUCACGACGAUGUGUCUCUCCUGUUGGAUUAUGCCAAAGAGUACGGAUAUGACACGAUUAUACAGAUGCUCACCGAGUACGACCCUAUAAACAGGCUCAUGGAGUUCGAUCAGGUUUCACUUAUCAAGCUAUCUGAACUACAACAGUUGAUGCAGAGGUUUCCCAGUUCCUCACUAAGAUCAGAAGCCACCAAGCUUCUCAGUGAAGCGACGGAGUCGAUAACCAUUGACCUAGAGAAAAAAACGGCUAUGAUAGACGGUUAUCAUAACGAGAUCAGUAUGCUGCACGAACGCAUUUCGGUACUCAAUGAAACGAUUAAUCAACAGCAGAAAGAGCUUGAUGGACUUUAUAAAAUGGUGAAGCUGGGGAUAUCUGGAAUAGAUAGCAGUAAGCAGAGCAUGCCCGCAUCAGAGUUUGCAAUCAAGCGAGCACAGGAGCUGAUGGUCAAGCCCAUGUCUGUGGAUUCAUCUAAGGUAAAUCAUGACGAUCACGAUGAGAAAUACAGUGAUAGAUGUAGUACUGACUUGCACGAGGAUCUCCAGUAUCAUGAGGGCAGUGAUGCUAUCCCUGGAUCUACAGAGGCAAAGAGCUUGGAAACUUACUUAGCUCGCACAAAGUCCACUCCGUCUCGCGCUGAUACGACAGAUGAGAGAACGUGCUUAUCUGACAGAGACCAGCAAGCCCUGGUGACAGACCCAACUAUUGAAACAGAGGAUUCGCCGUCUGCGAAUUUUCAUACACAUCAAGACACUAUGGUUAAAGGAACAGAAGAGUAUGAAAACCGUGCUCUACCAAUUUCAUACUCUCCAGAUGUUGAUAAUGAUGAGGAGCGUCAGUACCUGGCUUACAUGGCGCUGAUGGCUGAGAUUGAUGAAGAGCACGGCGUAGUCGCUCGCCCACUCGAGAAACCGCCGCCUCACUUAACGCUGCCACGCAUGCGUGAAAGCAUAGGAACAGAUGAAGUUGACGCCAUAGUUUCUACUGGUUCUUUAGCAAGCGACCUAAAAGAGCUCCCGAUGGGUGUCUCGACUGAGAAUCAAAGUACUACGGAAGAAGUCGAUAAGGACAAUACUUUUCCCGUCACUUCGUCUAUAGAUGGACAAAUCGAACCUUUGGACCCACAGCAACCAAGAGAACUCAUUCUUUUAGAAUCAGAUAUCCCCAAAAAGGAAACACUUACUUCGAUAUCGAGUGAUCAAAUAGCCACAGCUGAUCAGUACCAUGAUCAAGAUUGUCCCACAGUUUCUGCCAAGCCACUAGAUGACAGUAAAGCAAGCCCGUGCACCUUCAGUAGCCAGCCUUCAGACCACGGUGAUUCUUCAGAAAUGGUUAUUAGGAUGGUAUCAGAGGAGGAGUCCAUACGCGAUGAAAACGUUCAAUUGGCAUAUCAAUAUGAAACGCCAGCAGAGCCCCCUGCAGACGAGGCGGUGAUCGACGCCAUCCCGGAGCCCCCUGCAGACGAGGCGGUGAUCGACGCCAUCCCGGAGCCCCCUGCAGACGAGGCGGUGAUCGACGCCAUCCCAGAGCCCCCUGCAGACGAGGCGGUGAUCGACGCCAUCCCGGAGCCCCCUGCAGACGAGGCGGUGAUCGACGCCAUCCCAGAGCCCCCUGCAGACGAGGCGGUGAUCGACGCCAUCCCAGAGCCCCCUGCAGACGAGGCGGUGAUCGACGCCAUCCCGGAGCCCCCUGCAGACGAGGCGGUGAUCGACGCCAUCCCAGAGCCCCCUGCAGACGAGGCGGUGAUCGACGCCAUCCCAGAGCCCCCUGCAGACGAGGCGGUGAUCGACGCCAUCCCAGAGCCCCCUGCAGACGAGGCGGUGAUCGACGCCAUCCCAGAGCCCCCUGCAGACGAGGCGGUGAUCGACGCCAUCCCAGAGCCCCCUGCAGACGAGGCGGUGAUCGACGCCAUCCCGGAGCCCCCUGCAGACGAGGCGGUGAUAGAGACGGACCAACUAGGAGAAGACGGCAGCAAUUAG